GCGAUACUGCAGUAGCAAGGAGAGUAGCUACACGUGGGGAAAACAGGCGCAUCUUGAUGAGCAUGGCACAGAGGUGGAGUGGAGCGCACACUCUUCCCGUGCUGUGUGUCGGAGCUCUUGACGGCCCUGAGAGUUUGUUGGCCUCUGGGGCUGAAGGUGGAGAAGUGACAGUGUGGAACCAUGAGGGAACACCACUGGCUCAGCUACGUUUGAGCGGUGAGGAGGACGUGACGUGCGCCGUCUUUUCCCCGGUCGCCCCUGGCCUUCUGUAUGCUUCUCACGGGGAAACUAUUAGCAUUCUAGACCCGCGGAAUCUCAAGGGGCCUUUGGAGGAACUGCCGAACAUUGGCGAGGACGAGAUAAAUUCCCUGUCCAUUAACGAGACGGGCACAAUGCUGGCUGCCGCGGAUGAUUCAGGUGCUGUGAGAGUACUGGAGCUUCAGACGGGGAAAGUAAGCAGGACGCUACGCAAACACACCAACAUCUGCUCAUCUGUAGCCUUUCGUCCCCAGAGACCUCAGAGCUUGGUGUCCGCUGGACUAGACAUGCAGGUGAUGCUCUGGAACCUGCAGAAGACUCGUCCCCUCUGGACUUUCAGCCUGCAGGAGUCUGUGGAGCAAGAAGAGGGGCACCAGCAAAAAGCCGGUCAGCUCUUCAACCCGCCUCUGGCACACUGCGUUUCCGUGGCGACCUGCGGAAACGUGUUUGCGUGCGCCGCUGAGGACGGACGCGUGCAUCUCAUGCGGGUCGGUGCGGGGUCCAGGCUGGACCAGCAGGGAGCACUGAAGGCCCACAGCCAAGGUGCUUCACAGGCCCACUUUGUCAAUCACUUGUCCCAUCCUUACUGGCUGGCCACAGGGGGUAACGACGGACUGGUGGCACUCUGGGAUCUCAGCGAGGACCCUGUGGUGGCUCCCGAGGGAAAAAGUAAACCCCGGGCGGCAGCUCAUCGCAGGAAACCCAAAGGCAAGGGUAAAUCUAAGCUGCAGGCACAGGGGAAUCCCAAGGACCAGAGCCAACAACAAAAGGAGGACAAGAAAGAAGACGAGAAGAAAAGAGGAGAUGAGGAACCAGAGGAGGGUUGCAGUGCUGUCCCAGGAACGGACGAGUGCCUUAAAACCGGACCCAGACUUAGUUUUAAACAUGAGGACAAGGUGAACUGGGUGUGUCCAGCUCUGCUGAAGGGACAGCCCAGCCUCCUCAUAGCAGAUCAGAGCUCCAGCCUCUCUGUGUAUUCACUAGCUGGAUUAUAGCACCUGGAGUCUAACCAGAUUGGAAUCACACACC